AUUGGCAGCAGAAAAUUUAUUUGAGACCUUUAACGAUUCAAGUUACCUUUCAAAUAAAUGCUGUACUGAGCAGAAUCCAUCUGACGUUAAUAACCACACUCAUCCAAAAUGACGACAGAUGUCAAUGACUCUGUCGUUUUGCACAAAAAAAGAUGUAGAACCAAUUUGAGAAACGCUGAGCUAAGUAAACGUACGUUUAGAAUAUUUUUGGAAAAACAGAUACUGUCACAUGUGGAGAUAGAAAUUCAGAAAAACACACAAGAGCCACAAACUCCGUUAACACCCAAUUUUAAUUUUUACGAAAGCGACUUUGCUUUAAGCAAAAUACGAUUAACGCUUUCUCCGUUUCAAACAACCAUAUCGGAAAAGAAGUCAUCUGUAAAAAAUAAUUUAACUUUACCAAGUUUAGAAGCUAAAUUGUGUAAUUCUAGCAAUAGUGCUAUAAAAAUCACUAAUGCAAUUGUGAAUCGUGAAAAUGAUUCUGAAAUUAAUGUGUAUGAGAAUCCUAUUCAAGACAAAUCAAAAGUUUCCACUUAUACUGCACCUGCGUCUAAUCAAAAUACCUCAAAUCUUAAAAUAGCAGUUGAUAAGCCAUCCAACUAUUCGUCGAUAUAUGUUAAUAGUCCAGAAUGGUUUCAAGAUAACGAGACUGUAUCAGUUCAUGGAUCUCUAUUAAGUGAAACUAUUUCGGACAUUAGCGCAUGUAAUUCAGAUUUAAGAAGAAAUACCAAUCGCAAACGGUAUCGUUGGAAACGUAUACUUUUUUGUUGUGUUAAUUGAGUUCGACAUUUGUAUGUUACCAACAAUCAAAAAAAAUAUUUGAGAUAGAGAAAUCUAUCUCUAAAAUUUAUAUAUUUUCUUAUACUGAAUUAAUAAUUCACGAUAUUGAUAUUAACUAUAUCGAUAAACGUUGACUUAUAUGAGAUACAUUGCUUUUAAUUUUUACUAUUUUAUGCACUGUUUGCUGUAUUUCUACAAAGUUUUAGUGUCUAAGAUUUUGUGAUUAUUAGAAAAUUAUAUACAAAAUAUAAUCCAUAAGCUAUCCUCAGCAAAUUUCAGUAACUGCAAAGAAGCUUAAAACUUAUAUUUUUCACCAUAGAAUAGAAUAUUGAUCAAAUAGUACAAAGUAGUCUUUUUCUGCCGUGUUUA